CUAGGCUCUCUUCAGCGUCCAGAGAGGAUGGUGCUUCUGUUUGUAGAAGCGAGGCACACAUGCCUGUUCACCAGAAACGUACAUACAGGCACACGGUGGUCUGCACAUUGGUGUACACAAUGUCUAUGUAUAUGCAUGGAAUCCAUCCUUGCUACAACCCUCAUGCCCAGUCAUGUCGCGCCGUCGCCAUACCUCUGUUCUCAAGUGAGAGACCCGCAACGUGAAGCGAUUCCAUGCUUCUACAACUCACAUGCGACGUCGAACACACAUGCCGUCCAUGUACAUGUGAACACAUCCAUACCUGGUUGUUGCACUUGUUAUUCACAUGUGCACGCGUCUUUUGACACUGUGGAGCAUGCCCGACGUUGAUGGUGAAUGUCCAAAACCACAUUGCAUUGAAUCUUCCCCAGUCAAACUUCCGCAAUUCUCCAUCCAAUCAGCGCCUGCUAACCUCGCUUAAUCAGCCACGUAACUACAAACCUCACUCACCUGCUUGCCCUUCUCCAUCUGGUCGUCUGCCCGUCUCAUCGCAAAGACCCAGCACCAUUUCGCAAAUGCUGCCAUGACCGAGCUAUACCCGUCAAUAUUUCAGUGUGCCAUAGUGGCGACAGCCCUCAAAGUGCUGCUGUUCCCUGCCUACAAAUCAACCGAUUUUGAAGUACACCGUAACUGGCUCGCCCUCACGCACUCACUCCCCGUUGAGAAGUGGUACUAUGAGAACACAUCAGAAUGGACUCUCGACUAUCCACCUUUUUUUGCCUACUUUGAGUGGCUCAUGUCGCAGGCCGCCGCCUUCUUCGAGCCUGCACUGUUGAAUGUUCAGAGUCUUGGCUACGCUAGCUGGCAGACGAUUUACUUCCAGCGCACCACCGUCAUCAUCACCGAACUGGUCCUGGCCUACGCCCUACAUCGUUAUGUGAAGGAUUCGAAACAAAAAGCCACUGCUCAUGCUGCUGCGCUUUCUGUGCUCUUGUCUCCCGGGCUUUUGAUCAUUGAUCAUAUCCAUUUCCAGUAUAAUGGAUUCAUGUACGGCAUCUUGGUGCUGUCGUUGGUUCUUGCCCGGAACAACUCCACGCUCUUGUUGAGCGGUAUUCUGUUUGCCGUCUUGCUAUGUUUCAAGCACAUCUACCUAUAUCUCGCCCCUGCAUACUUUGUAUACCUGCUACGGGCAUAUUGUUUGGGUGAUCAGCGAUCGUUUCCUUACUUUAGGGUACGAUUCUUCAAUUGCGUGAAGCUUGGAGUGGGCAUCGUCAGUGUUUUUGCUGCCGCUUUUGGCCCUUUUGCUCUGUGGGGACAACUCGAGCAAGUCUUUCGCCGACUGUUCCCAUUCUCUCGCGGACUUUGCCACGCGUACUGGGCGCCGAAUGUAUGGGCAUUGUACUCGUUCAGUGAUCGGGUGCUGAUAUAUGCGGCUCCAUAUCUCGGCCUCAAAGUCGACCCUGAAGCAGUGAACAGCGUGACACGGGGUUUGGUUGGGGACACGUCCUUUGCUGUCCUACCCGAGGUUGUCCCAUUGACUUGCUUUCUCUUGACCCUUGGCUUCCAGAUCCCCUUCCUCGUACGCCUGUUGCUGAAUCCAAGAUGGGAAACAUUCAUCGGGGCAAUCACCCUCUGCGGGUAUGCCUCUUUUCUGUUUGGCUGGCACGUCCAUGAAAAAGCCAUUCUUCUUGUUAUCAUACCCUUCAGCUUGAUUGCUCUCAGAGACCGGCGAUACUUUAGCGCGUUCAAACCGUUGGCCGUUUCGGGUCACGUGUCGCUUUUCCCGCUUCUAUUUACUGCUGCCGAGUUUCCAGUCAAGACAGUAUACACCAUUCUGUGGCUUGUGGCUUUCUUGCUAGCGUUUGAUCGUCUUGCUCCCGCCUCGCCACAUCCAAGGGUGUUUCUAUUCGACCGAUUCUCUUUUUUUUACAUUGCGUUGUCGAUACCCUUGAUUGCAUACUGCUCUCUUGUUCAUGGCAUAGUCUUUGGAGAUAGGUAUGAGUUUUUGCCGUUGAUGUUUACCAGUUCCUAUUCUGCAGUUGGGGUGGUUGGAAGCUGGUUAGGAUUCUCCUUUGUGUAUAUGGAUUUAUAGAGAGAGUAUGUGCUUAAUUGAUACUUACAAUUCAUCGAUUUACUAUUGUUCCUGCCCAUUUAUCAAACUUUUGUUGGGGUAUGUAGCUCAUUACGCCGUGUGCUAAUGACUGGUACUGAAAGGUGUAUACCUGGGUAUAAGGUAACUUGUAGGUGAACUACGACUGUAUCAGAGUUGCUUUUGCUUGUUGCUCCGGUAGGGUUAAAAACAAGGAGAUGCCCAAUGAGAUGUCUAGGAAUUCUGACUGGGCAUUGGCUUCCCAUGUUAUCUACCGUGUAUAGAGCACAGGAGUCUAUAUCUUGAACCAGUAGUAAUAUAAUGGGUCCUCUGUCAUUUCGAUACUGCCCUACAUUUGCUUUGAGCCUUUCAUGAUAGUCAUGAGAUUUAUUGACACGUUUGUGGACGAAUGCGUAGAAAAGUGAGUUUGGUUGUGUGUCUAAAAGGUAAGU